UCUUUUCAACAGAAGACAAAAUGCCCUGUGAAUCACCUUCCUCUAUUCCGAACAUUGCUCUAUAUCAGGCAGAUCAGACCCAGUUUUCACAUGGCGAUCAAGUAAUUUGUGGAUGUAAAUCAGGCUCUGGCAAUUCUAAGCAAAUGAAAAUAAAAUGUCUUAAUGGAGAAUGGAAGCCUUUACCUCUUUGUGCUGAUCCAUCUCCUCAGUGUGAACUUCCAGUGGGUGUUGAGUUUAUAAGCUCUGGUCAACAUUCCAUGUCAAAAAGAAGCAUUGGUUUUUAUAAAGUUAUACGUUACAGAUGUACAUCAGCUGACAAAAACAUUAAACAGGCAACUUGUGUGUCUGGCAAAUGGACACCAGAGAUUGAAUGUCCAGCUGAGGAGGGUGUGUGCCCACCUCCACCUCAGGUGUCUGGUGCUCAACAGACAACAGCUGGAAGAAAUUACAGGCAUGGGAGUAAAAUAGCUUUUUCAUGUGCCAAUGGUUUCCGGCUCAUCGGUGCAAAAGAAAUAACCUGCAUAGAAGGGAAAUGGCAAUCACCACCUCAGUGUGUGGAAAGACCAUGUUUGCCACCACAGCCUGUAGAAUGUGCUGAUGCUCCAAGGCUGGAAAAUCCAAACUUAAAAAUUGAAAUAGAAGGGAAAUCAAUUUAUCUGACUGGUGCUAAAUUUAAGUAUGUUUCUCGUUCUGGAUACAUGUUAAAUGGACCUACUGAGAUAACUUGUUCUAUGGGAGAAUGGACUUUAGCUCCUGCAUGCUUGGAAAUGUCAUGUGGAAGUAUUCCAAAAGUUGCCAAUGCUCAAUUUGAAGGCAGAACCAAGGAAACUUAUGAACCUGGUGAAACAAUUCGCUACGAGUGUGAUGCAGGGUUCCUGAUUGUUGGUUCCCCCCGAAAUUCUUUGCAGAGAAGGAAAUUGGACAGCACCGCCCUUCUGUGAAGAUGUUAGCUGUGGACCUGUACCUGCAAUCCCCAAUGGUCAAGUUGCAGGCACUCAACAGGAGAGGUAUCUGCCCAGUGCCAGAGUGCAUUAUCAAUGUGAAAGCAAUUUUCAAAUGAUAGGUGGAAAUUUCGUCACUUGUUUAAAUGGUGAAUGGUCACAAGCACCAGUGUGCAGAGAUGUGACAUGUGAACCUCCUCCAGAAAUUGCUGGUGGUAGAAUUAAUAUUAAAAAGACAAAGUAUCUCCCUGGGGAGACUGCUAACUAUGACUGCUGGCAAGGUUUUAAGAUGACUGGGACUUCCACUGUAGUGUGCCAGAACGGGACCUGGACAGAGCUGCCAAAGUGCAAAGGUAAUUUCUCUCUCUCUCUCUCUCUCUCU